CGCGUUUUCAGUGCGACGCUGCCAAACGCCCCAUUUUCGCUCUUUGGAUUCAGCAACAAAACGCUCACUUCGCAUCACUUGAUCGAGUCAACUUUCUUUCAAUCCCCCUCUACAAUGGCUUCCCCUAAACCGAUUGCAGUUCUAUCGAUUCUUUUAUUGUUUCUCAUUUCCUUCCAAACGCCGUCGUGUGCUGAGAGCACGAAUGGAGCUGCCGCCGCGGAUGAGGAAGAGGAUCUCAGCUUCCUGGAAGAGGAAGACGACUCAUUUUCUUCACACUCCGAUCCCUACGGCCACGAGCAUGACUACGAGAAUUACGACGACCUCGCGGAAGAUCCCGAGGCCUUAGAUCACGGCUACGACGACUCCUUCCAGCCGCCGACAGUGGACGAGAAGGACGUUGUGGUGCUGAAGGAGGGAAAUUUCAGCGAUUUCAUCGCUAAGAAUAAGCACGUGAUGGUGGAGUUCUACGCGCCGUGGUGCGGACACUGCGAGUCUUUGAAGCCGGAGUACGCGGCAGCCGCGACUGAGCUCAAGGGUCACGAGGUGGCGCUUGCGAAAGUGGAUGCUACUGAGGAGGCUGAGCUAGCGCAGAAGUACGAAGUACAGGGAUUCCCCACAGUAUACCUAUUCGUUGAUGGUGUUUACAAGACCUACAAUGGCCAACGGACCAAGGAUGCUAUUGUUGCAUGGAUAAAGAAGAAGACUGGGUCAGCUCUAUUCAACAUAACAACAACAGAGGAUGCAGAGCUCAUAUUGGAAAGUGAGCCGAAAGUUGUUUUGGGAUUUUUGGACAAUUUAGUGGGCCCACACAAUGAAGAGCUUGCUGCUGCUGCAAAACUCGAAGAUGAUGUCAGCUUCUAUCAAACUUCUAAUCCUGAUGCAGCUAAGCUGUUCCACCUUGAUCCUGAAGCCAAGCGUCCAGCUCUUGUCUUGAUUAAAAAAGAAACUGAAAAAAUCAACCGUUUUGAUGGUGAGUUCACAAAAGCAGCAAUAUCUGAAUUUGUUAAUGAGAACAAGCUUCCUCUUGUCAACUACUUCACUAGGGAAAGUGCAUCACAGAUAUUUGAAAAUCCAAUCAAGAAACAGUUAAUUCUUUUUGCCAGUUCAAACGAUUCAGACAUUCUUCCCGCAUUCCAAGAAGCUGCGAAGUCUUUCAAAGGAAAGCUUGUUUGUGUUUUUGUGGAAAUGGACAACGAAGAUUUUGGAAAACCAGUCUCAGAAUACUUUGGCAUUACAGGAGAUACUCCACAGGUCAUUGCAUAUACGGGAAAUGAUGAUGGGAGGAAGUUCUUGUUGGAAGGUGAAUUGACCUCAAUCAAUAUCAAGUCCUUUGGGGAGAAGUUUUUGGAAGAUAAUCUAAAGCCCUUUUACAAGUCUGAACCUAUUCCAGAAAAGAAUGAUGGUGAUGUCAAAAUAGUGGUGGGCAACAACUUUGAUGAAAUCGUUCUUGACGAAUCUAAAGAUGUUCUUCUUGAGAUAUAUGCUCCUUGGUGUGGGCACUGUCAAUCACUAGAACCUAUAUACAACAAGCUCGCCAAGCAUUUGAAGGGAAUUGACUCGCUUGUUAUUGCCAAGAUAGAUGGGACAAUGAAUGAGCACCCUCGAGCCAAGUCUGAUGGAUUCCCGACACUGCUUUUCUUCCCAGCUGGGAACAAGAGCUUUGAGCCUCUUACAGUGGAUACUGAUCGUACAGUGGUUGCCUUCUACAAAUUCUUGAAGAAGCAUGCAUCCAUUCCUUUCAAGAUUCAAAAGCCCGUUAUUUCUCAUAAAUCUGAGACUGAGAUGUCACCACUCGAUAAGACUACUACCACCAGUGAUGUAAAGGAUGAACUAUGAGAUAUUUAUCUUGGAGGCUCGAACAUAGAUCCAUUGUCUCUGCCAACCUUAACAGAAAGAGGCUACAAGAAGAGUGAAAGUCGAGAAAACAACACCCUCUUAUGACAGAGGCUUAUCUAGCCCCCCCCCCCCCCCCCAAUAAAUGCAUUUUUGUUGUGUUUAAAUAUGUACGAGUAUUUAAAAUAUGAUUACCAGCAAACCACCUGUCAGAACCUAGUUAGAAGCAAGUGUUAUGAAAUCUCAUGUUGCCUGUACUUGUAGUUGGGAAAAUUGUUUUGUGCGCCCUUUAUAUUUAUUUCAGUGUUUGCCUUUGCAUCCUGUUUUCUUUUCUAUUUCACAAUUCACAUCCCUGAUAUUGUAGGAUGCAAAGUCGAACUCUAGAUAAAUAAAUGAAACAAUAGGCCCCCAUUUUUUUGCUAUACUUUACAUUGAGUGUUUUGCGUUAUGAACUUGAAUAUGGCACCUGACAGGCUGCCC